ACUGUGCAAACUAGAAAGUCUUCACCACCUGAAGUUUUAACUGAAGCGACAUACCUGAGAGAGAAAAAAACUCUCCUCUUCAGCACAGCGAUGGAGCAAACCGAGGUGGUCAAACCAGAAACCCUGGACGACUUGAUAAAAAUCCUGCACAGCAUUUUCGAGAGUGACUGCAUCAAUGUUGAGGAGGUUCAGAAUAUAAUGGAAUCAUAUGAGAGCAAUCCUCAGGAGUGGAUGAAGUAUGCAAAAUUUGACCAAUACAGAUACACAAGGAACUUGGUUGAUAAGGGUAAUGGGAAGUUCAAUCUCAUGGUUCUCUGCUGGGGUGAAGGCCACGGCAGUAGUAUCCAUGACCACACAGAGUCCCACUGCUUCAUGAAGCUCCUGCAGGGUCAGCUGAAGGAGACGCUGUUCGAGUGGCCAGAGAGCAAAUCACACGGCGAUAUGGUCCAAAAGUCACAAAGAAUUCUUCAGGAAAACAAGGUUGCUUACAUAAAUGGAAACCACAGUUUCACAAGAGAACAACUAAAGGGCACCAAAAGAGACUCCAGAUGA